CGUGACAUCGUUUUAUGUAACAAUGUGGAGGACGGAGGGACUCCCCGGCUGCUUUAGCCCAAAUGUCGCGCCGUGUAGCAGUGUAUUCUUGAACUACUUGUAAAUAAUAGGGUCAAAUAGCUGCUAUCGGGACCUGUAUGUCACCUCUACAUUAUGGCUCUUCAAACUCCAGAGGAAAGAAGUCCCUUAAAAGAAAAGAGAGGUUUCUUCAUAGCACCCGAAAGCGAUUUGGAUUGGGACGAAGAUGAUGACCAUGUAGAUCACCAGAGACUUAUUUUACUAAAAGCUGACGCUUUCGCGUCAGAAAAUCGUGUGAAAGAAGCCAUCGAUAGCUUUUCAAUGGCUUUAAGAUAUGGAUCUGUGCGACCGGAGCAGCUCGGUACAUUAGUGGAGUGUAUUCUUCGAAAUUACAAGAAAAAAGUGGAAGAGGAGACGCCUUCAAUACUCGCAAACCCUGACCAGACAGGUGCCGAGGACGAUGUGUUCAUCUGUCCAGGAUGUCAUAGAUUUAUAGGUGAAGCGGUGACCGUCAUAUGUGGGCAUUCCUACUGUAGGAGAUGUUUGCAACUAGGCCUUUUCUCUAAAUGUAAAGUAUGCAAUGAGGACUUAAGGAAAAGGCUUGGACUGCUUCGAUCUAACGUGAUUUUGAGUGGACUUGUGGAAAAGUGUUUCGCAGAUGAAAUGCAACGUUCUAGAAAGAUAACCGAGACGGAGUGUUUAAUAAGAAGAAAGCAGUUUGAAGAGGGUCUCGCGCUAGCCAAUGGUUUAAUUGACACGGACCCUGGUGAUGUGCGCGUUCGUGCUUCCCGAGCAGAUGCGUUUGUGGGACUGGGGCAGCACCUCAAGGCUUUGGAUGACUUGGAAAUCUGUUUGACCUCUGCCCCAUCACCAGAGGCCUAUUAUCGUAAAGCCAAGGUCCUGCAAGAGAUGGGCCAGGUAGAUGAAUCCUUGCAAGUCUUCCUACACUGCCUGGCCUUAGAUGAAAGCUAUGGUCAAGCCAAGCACGAAGUAGAAAUGAUUCUCCACAGUCUCCUGUCUCCAGUCUCUGACAGUGUGAAGGUGGGUCUGCGAGAAACAGCCCUUAAUGGUUCUCCACAUCUUCGCAGCAAGACUCAAGCUCUGGAGCGCAACCCCCAGAAGAGUCCUCCCCAUACACAUACCCAGGGGCAGCAAGAGGUCCAGAGCUCUCCCCAGCGCCAGGCACUACCCCGGGCAGCCUCUGCCCACCCCCAUCUAGGCCCUGUGGAGGGGCUUUUAUGCCUUUAUUUGACAGGACAGUCGAAGAUGGUGACAGGAAGCGAAUGGGACAGAGAGACAGGGGAGGAUCGGGAAAUGACCCCGGCCGGACUCGAAUCGGGGUCCCCGUGGAAGGUUAGUCGGUCUGAGAGCCUGGAGCGCCUAGGCCUGGGCCGAGCACAUUCGUUACGCACCCACGGCCUCGGAGGGAUCGGAGAAGAAGGGCUAAAGCGAGUGUAUUCCGCUCCCCAGCUUGGGGACCAGGAGAAGGGCUCACUACUGAAGAGGAAGCUGUCCGUGUCGGACGUGGGACAGAUUGUUGUCUAUAGCGGAGGGAACAAACAUAAGAAACAAGGAGUGACCACAAGUGCUGGCAGUUCAAGUGUCUCCCUCAGAACUAUAACUAGGGACCUGUUGGACCCUUCCGACUUCGAGUGCUCACUUUGUAUGAGAUUGUUCUUUGAGCCAGUGACGACACCUUGCGGCCAUACUUUUUGUAAAAACUGUCUUGAGCGCUGUCUAGAUCACACACCACAGUGCCCACUCUGCAAGGAGAGCCUGAAAGAGUACCUUUCCUGUAGGAAGUACAAUGUUACAAGUGUCCUGGAUAGAGUGAUAAAGGAAUAUUUUGCAGAGGAGCACAAAGAGAGGGAGAAAACACACGCAGAUGAGACCCAAGAACUCUCAGAUCUGACAAAAAAUGUGCCGAUGUUUGUGUGCACCAUGGCCUAUCCAACUGUGCCUUGCCCACUGCAUGUAUUUGAGCCACGCUACCGACUCAUGAUCCGGCGCUGCAUGGACACAGGCACUCGCCAAUUCGGCAUGUGCAUCAGUGACUCCCAGAAAGGGUUUGUGGAUUAUGGCUGUAUGCUCUUGAUCCGAAGUGUCCAUUUUUUGCCGGAUGGGCGCUCGGUGGUGGACACUAUUGGGGGGAAGCGCUUCCGUGUGCUUUCCCGUGGAAUGAAAGAUGGAUAUUGCAUAGCUGACAUAGAAUACCUUGAGGACACAAAGGUGAACAAUGAGGAGGAGCUGCUAAACCUACAGGAGCUGCAUGAUCAGCUGUACGAGCAGGCCCGCACCUGGUUUCAGAACCUGAAAACCCGAUUCCGCAACCAGAUCCUACAGCACUUUGGACCCAUGCCUGAGAGAGAAGCAGACAUUCAGGCCACUCCGAACGGGCCUGCAUGCUGCUGGUGGUUGCUGGCUGUGCUGCCCGUGGACCCCCGCUACCAGCUCUCAGUGCUCUCCAUGACCACGCUACGUGAGCGCCUGCUGAAGAUGCAGCACAUCCUUACCUACUUGCAGAGUAUACCCAAUGAAUAGAGCGCUUCACGGCACAUGCUCGCUCACUCGCUCACACGCUAACAGACAGAUGGAUUUUCCGGUGGCAACAUGCCAACCCGUGCCCAUCUGUGCGAGCCGCCUGGGAGUAAUGCCGGGAUGGCCGACCACCUCCUUCAAAUUCUGAUGGAACAGACCCUAGCCUGGAAAAGCUAGACCUUUGUCAUCUUCCAAACCUUUCCUUCCAAACGCUUUCACCUCUGUUCUUGCUGACUGUCCCUCAUUCCCUAUCUCUGAAUCACCAUGCAGUAGUAUUUCUGCCUUGUAGUAUUUCUUCCAUCAGUUCCAGUUGCAGUAGAUGUGUGUCACAAAGACUCAUUUUCAUCAGGUGUCUGUGUAGGAAAGAGCUUGUCUAUCAGAAGUGUGUGUGUGUGUGUGUGUGUGUGUGUGUGUGUGUGUGUGUGUGUGUGUGUGUGUGUGUGUGUGUGUGUGUGUGUGUGUGUGUGUGUGUGUGUGUGGUGAUGAGUCUCAGAGUGUCAGAAAAUCCUGAAUGCUGAGAGGAUAAUCAAAUCCCACACUUCCAUUGUAAUCCAGGAAUGGCUGAAAAUUGAAUGUCUAUUCACUUGCUUGAUUUAAAGAUGAUGGCAUGAACAAAAUAAUCUUCCGAGCAUUAAGCCCCCUAUGUAGAUUAAUAUGCUGAAUACGCACAAAACUGGCCAUCCCAGUAUCACAAGUCGGCCUGACAUUCUCUUCCUGGCUGACGAAAAGGUGACUCCAUGGGAAUUGGUUUUGGGACAGUGAUAUUUGUUAUUAUUUUACUGUAUGCAGGGCGUCCUGCAACCCUGAUUGGGAUUUUGGUCAAAGGGUGUUCCACGAUGACUAUGUGGCGACUUGGUGUCCUGAAGCCCAAGGGUCCUAGCUUAGCGAGCCAGACUGUAACAUUUUUUGCAGCUAGGCGGGUACAUCUAGCUUGCAACAGAACAAGGCUUCCACUCUGACUUCAGACUCCAGCAAUUGACCAUAGAACUAUGGUGAAGGUGCACAUCUGGUACAUUAUUAUAUAUUAUUAUAAUAAUUAUUAUCAUUACUAUUGUCGGGAUUGGAUGGGAACUUCUUCUUUCUUCAAACCGUAGUUGCUAACCAGUUAGCAGCUUGGUAGUCAAUGGGAAAUUGCACUGCAAACAGCAAAGUAGCUAACCUAGUGAGCAACUAUGGUUUCGAGAAAGAGUUGUUGGUGAUUAAGAGGGAGAUGGCAUAAUUUGUAUUAUGAGGAGAGUUCUCUUCCAUUCGUGAUGUUUUUGUUGUUCGUCACCUUGUAUUUCCCAAAGGCCCAUAACUUCCAGUCUGCGCAAUGUGAAGCAAGAGGAUAUUUUAAAAUGACAUACAAUGAGGUGAUUUGUUUGAAAUUAAAAGAGAAGAAUUCUGCAGUGUUUUGAUGGACGCACAAAAGCAAAGACAGGUUUACUAAUCUCUCCAUCAACUUAAGUGUGGCUUCAGGUUGAGAAGCUGGUGGGACACUUACACAUUAUUGCCUUAUUCCACAUUGGAUUAUGCCAUCUUGGCGCCGUGCUUCAGCAUCCCUCUUCCUAAACAUGUUUUUUGUUUUUGUUUGUUUCAUUCCUUUUGCUGGAGUUAAUCUUCGUGGUGUAAUUACACUCUAGUCGCCAUAUUGUGGCCAAAUACGUGUGUACAAAAAAAAGUAAAGUAAAUGAGACAAAUUCUAAUUAACAGAUGUUCAGAAAUCGGUCUGUUGUAUUUAAAUCAUUUGUAUAAAAAAAUAGUGGGAAGAAGAUAUUUGUUUUUGUUUUCUUGAGAAUAUCUUGCUUUUGCGGCUUGAAUAUUUAAGUUAUCAAUUUUCCAUAAUAAAUGCUAUUUUUUUCA